UUUUUAGCGUCACCGGGCAAAUUGAAGAAUCGCCUUAUCCACAAAGCUUGAAAUGCAACGUGAAAAGAGUGUCAAAGCUAAAGAAGUGAUUGAAUCACUUUGUAAACUUCUAUUUUCACUAGGCUUGGAGUGUGUACCUAGUGCAGAAACGUUCAGACGGGCCAAGUUCAACAAAGGAGAGGAUGUGGUGAGUUAGGAAAUUAGCUAGCUGGUUCUGGUUCAUCGCACGACGACAACAACGAGUUGUCUGUGCGCUGUUUAGUGAAUGAAUUCAAUAUACUUUUGUAACUCGCCGAAGUACAGAUGUUGCUAGUGCUGGUAAAAAUGUCUCUGUCUGUGCAGGCUGUCAUUUCAUAAUAAUACAAAAUAAACGACUUUUGAGCUCUCCGCCAAACUCUGGUCCACGCGUCGGUUAUUGGGGCUGCAUUUGAAUACGACGCAUGUGCUUGGACCAGAGCUAUAUUAUAUGAACGACACACACUGUCCCUAAUUAUAAGGCUACUUUGACAGGUGGACGAAGGUGACCGUAGCCUUGCUAUAUGACUGGAGGGAUAUUUGUUUAUCUACCUUAGUCAUCAGGUGGUUGCUUACCUUGGAAUCGGUAUUUCAGGUGGUGGAGUUCUGGAAGCUCCUUCAUAGUGUUCUUCUGAAAGCACUGCUACUGGAAUGUUCUUGCACAACACUUUCAGACUUGGGUAAGUGUAAUUGUUUAUGGAGGAGUGCAUGUGCUGUAUGAGUAGUGUCAAUUUGAGCUAUUAUGUCAAUUUUAUACUCUGUCUUCAAUGUAUCAUUGUGAUUGUGUCUUUGCAGACAGCCAUGUGAGAGAGGCACUCUGGCAGUGUGGUUACGGUGCUAGCUGGAUUGUUGUGACGACUGCCAGGCUCAGUCCCAGGAGUGAAGUUGGGAGCCGAGAGCUGCUGGUGGCGUUUGGGUGGGUGCUGUCUUCAGGGAGCCUGCUGGAGGCCCUGCUGAGAGCAAGAUCCCUGGAGCUGGAUAUCCUCUCACUCCCACCCACGGUGAGGUUCUUAUACAAGUCUUAUAAGUCUUAUAACAAAAUAUAUUUUUAUGUCUGAAUAAAAUCCACUCAUAUUUGAAGGAGCAGUCCCAUAUCUGUCCAGCAGGUGGCAGUGUUGCUCUGCUGAUGAUGAGCAUCUGACUCAGAACUAGAACUAGAAAUAUAUGUCUGUAAGUGGAAGGAGAUGAGAGAACAAAAAACAUUUUCCCCCUUUCGCAUAAAUAAAUAAUCAGUUGUCUCUUACGUUCUGGUAUUAAACACUUAAACCCCACCAAUCACCCUCGUCUGAAAAUCAUUCUAAAUUCCAUGAAUAUUUAAAGAGAAAAAACAUGCCAUGUAAUUACCCUAUGAUCCCUCUACUUUGAAGAUGUUGAGAUGGAUCUGUCUUUUGGAGUGCUCUCCAGACAAACCUUUCCUCUCUAGACUCAAGCCUUUGGUCGUGAUUGUCAGAGGGAGAGGUAAAGGCACUCCUCUCCUCUUUAUCUCAGGUCUCACUGAGUAGCCCCAGAGAGGGAGGCUCCCUUGGGGCUGUGGAUGGCCAAGGAGGCCUGAAGGAAGACAGGCUCCUCAGGAGACUCCAAUGGCAGUACGGGAAACUCAGGUUCCAGUGGCGGAGCUUGCUCUCCAUUCAAGAGGAAAGAGCUAGACUCCUUCACCAGGCAAGUCAUUCAACCUGGACCAUAAUAAUACAUCACAUUUUUAUAACACUUUUCUAAAACCCAAAGCCGCUUUACAAUAAUGCAACCAAUGGAGCGUGAACAUCAUUCUCAUCAUACUGGUUUGUUCCAAUGUCUCUCAAUCUGUGUGUUCUGGUGAAAUGGAUAACCACCAUAGCCUCUGCCUCCUAUUUUCUUAGGUCCUUUCCUCCAGCACCACACCCUCCACGUCCACCUCCCAGCCCUCUUCUUCUGACGCCCGUCACAGCAUGUGCUCAACUGCCAUGAAAAAGGUGACUGAUCAUCCUGCCCCCAUCUUGUCCAACACCACUACCGUCACCAGACACAGGCAAACUACAAACCACAGAUCACAGAUGAGGAAGGGGAUGCAUUGUAUACCUAUUUACUCUUUGUAAAGAGUUCUGGCAAACAUUGCUGAUGAGAUAAAAGGAUAUCCUUCCUCCACUGUAAACUCUCCACACUUUAGAUGUCAGAUAACAGGCAAGAAAUCCGAGUUGGUUGAGGAACAAAAGCCUUUUCCUUAAAGUGAGAGAUCUUUUAAGCAGCAGGGUUUAAGGGAUACAUCCUCCCCAUGUAACAGGUGUUUCUAAAGGUUUGUUGCAGUGGGAGUCAGUACUAGGAAGGGCAGGAGGAGAGAAAGUGAGAGACAAGGAGAAAUAUGUAUUUUUGAGUGCUUGUUUUCUGAAAGGGAGGGAAACCAAAAUCUAGACACGACCAAAGAGUCUGUGCCUCCCUGAGUGUGUUUUGACCCUAUAAGUAGUGAAGGCCCUGGUGCAGCCCUCCUGGGAGAGAUGUGAGUGAUGUGCAGAGACGGAGCCAGAGAGAGAGAGAGAGAGAUCUUACCUCCUUUGUUUCUCUAAUAGCUGGAAAGCUCCACAGGGAGGAUCAUCCUGUACCCUUACUUAGCCCUUGACCGACACAGUACUUUGUACCAAUGCCAGCCAGGGAGCACUGGUGUCCUCUGUAGCUCAGUUGGUAGUAGUGUUGUCACGAUAACAGAAUUUUGACUUCGAUACCAGGUUUAGUAUCACAAUACUCGAUACCAUCACGAUAAUCGAUACCACACAAAAAAAGGUGGAUUAGCCAAAGUCACAGAAUGGCAAUUGAUCCAGACAGAUAAACUCAGCUACUGCUCUCUUCAGUCGUUGGGUGUCUUUUGAGUUCAAUAUCAUUACAUUUGAAGAAAAAGAGACAUUCAUUGAAUCAAUUAUACAAUCAUACAUUCAAUUUGACUUUGUUUUUUACCAAUCUAACUACAAAACAACAUAAUGGUAAUCAUUUAUUUCGUCCGGGUCAGGGGAGGGUAUGGCCGGCCUGGAUUUCCUUGUGCCAUCGUGCUGUAGCGAUUCCUUGUGGCGGGCCGUGCGCCUGCAAGCUGACUUCGGUCGCCAGUUGUACAGUGUUUCCUCCGACACAUUGGUGCGGGUGGCUUCCGGGUUAAGCGAGCAGUGUGUCAAGAAGCAGUGCGGCUUGGCAGGGUCUUGUUUUGGAGGACGCAUGGCUCUCGACCUUCGCCUCUCCGUACGGGAGUUGCAGCGAUUGGACAACUACCAAUUGGAUAUCACGAAAUUGAGGAGAAAAAGGGGUAAAAGUACAAAAAUAAAUACAAAAUACCUGGGUAAAUCAAGAUUUAGCCUAGGUCUAUUCAUAAUACAGGUAAUGCAAAGUAUUCAAUAGUGUGUGCAUGCAUUGAGUUAUUGAGCUUGUUUUAGCUGAUUUCAUGGGGCUACAGAUGACAAACAAUCCCUUCCAUUUAGGACUUAUUUUAUUGGCAACUGCUAGGAGAACAUUUUAUUUUAUUGUACUGAUCAACAACAUUUGCAUAGAAGAAGCAAUCUCUUAUUUAAUGAAAGUGUGCAUAGUCUCUUUAAGAAAGUAAUGACGUCAUUUGCAAGGCAGAAUGUGGCUGUGGAAUCUGACUUUGGCUAUGGAAUCUAGUGGAAACCAGACGGGAGGCGAGGGAGAUGAAGUGAAUGAGUUUUUGGUGGUGAGGGAGACGGAAGUGAAUUAAUAACAUUUUCGGUGAAAAUCAGCUUUGAAAUCCGCAUAUUAUGGUCACAAACAAAGUACUAGGGUAGUGAAUUCAGCUGUCGUCCAAGGUAGGGGAGGGUUUGGCCGGCAGGGAUGUGGGUUUGUAUGAAAAAAUAAAAGAAUAAUACAUGUAUGCAUUCACUAACUGUAAGUUGCUCUGAAAAAGAGCGUCUGCUAAAUGACUACAAUGUCAAUGUAAAUGUAGCCUAAGCUAACAAGGAAAGUUAGCCUACAAUUAAAGCUGGAAGCUACCGCUAUCGUCUUGCAUUGUAAGUGUUCUAGCCUGUAUGGACAUUGUUCUGCAAACAGUAAUGAACAGUUUCAGUAUUUCUACAUACCUUGUUGCAUUAUUCAAGCAUGUUAACCUCUGUGCAUCAUGAGUGGGGAGGUAAUGCAGCCCAGACAACUCUAGUAAUGAUUGAGGAAGAGGAGCAGGUACUUUGCUCUUCACACUAUAAAAGGGCUGCACUGAUCGACACACUUGAUCCUCUCAAUCACGUGAGACACAUUUGACAGAAGUACCAAACAUAACAAAAAUUAUAGUACCGAACCAUGUUUUUGUAUCGAAAAAUUACAGAGGUUUUGGUAUACCGUGUAACACUAGUUGGUAGAGUAUGGCGCAUGCAACGCCAGGGUAGUGGGUUCGAUUCCCGGAACCACCCGUUCUUAAAAUGUGUGUACACAUGACUGUAAGUCGCUUUGGAUAAAAGCGUCUGCUAAAUGGCAUAUAUUAUUAUAAUAUUAGCAACACAUCAAGAACACACAGGGGAGAGUCAGUAACUACCUGCACCUGGGGAGAUGGAGUAACACUCAGGGAAACAUGCCUGGCAGAAACUAAAGUAGGCCAUAGAGCUCAGCUCAGUAGCAGAUUAAAUCAAAUAAACAUGCAGAUGUUUUGAAGAAAAGACAAGACAGGUAACAUUGUUAAACCAAUCAGGGUUUUUGAGAGCAUUAAUUAUGAGCUGAAUGUCUCCUGUCUGUGUGUGUUGCACAGUGAGUGAGGCAGGCUGGGUUAAAGGAAUGUCCCCCGUCUGUCUGUGUGUUGCAGGAGGUGGAGGGUCUACAGGCUCUCAGUCAGCUGUUGGAGGCCUACCUGGAGUGGAAGAGACAGGAGCCACUCUUCUGGUGCUGGAUGGUAGUGGUAGAGCUUCUUCUCUCUCCUCAGUGCCUUAGCACUGCUUUUAACCAGUCCUUUAAUAUGUUCUGUCUACUCUACACAUUGUACUUGACUAGGUUUUGCAUGUCAUUUAGUUUUUUUAAAGGAAAACCAACAUUAUUAUUAAGCAACUAAUAGCCUCCUUCUAAUCUGCUCUUUCCCGGUAGUACCUUUGAAAAGUUUCAAGGUAGUCUGCGUCUACCUGUAUCCUCUUCCUCCCACUCCUUAACUACCUCUGCAGUGUCUGACAGAAUGAUUCACUACUGUUCUGAGGUCUAAUCUCUGAAGUCUGUCUGACUUAUUCAGAUUGACAUGAAGUUAUAAAGAGAGGCUCCAUGGAGAGGAGAUGUUUUUGGCAAUAGUCACUCUACUCUGCUUCCCUCUUUGCAUUCAGAUCACAGAGAUGUGGAUUUGAGGAUUGUGAUAGUUCAAAAUGAAGUGCAGUUUCAUUAGAAAUACAUGUAUCAGAAGUCCUUUGAGUGUUUUCCCUAAAGUAAAACAAAAACCGCUUCCUUUCAUGGUGUUUCUAUCAGUAUGUUUGAAACCCACAGUCGGACUCCUAGGGUUUUCAGCUAAAGUGCAGUCGAUUACAGUAAUGUGAAAAUAAUUUAAGCUAGUACUUUAAUCCACCUCAAAGCCAUUCCAUUUUAAAUAAAAAAAUAAAGCCUUUGUUACCUUUGGUGAGAAAUGUAAUACGUCCCAAUUGUUAACUCGCUAGUGUUGCUGUUCACUGUCUUAUCGCUUGAAAAUAGGUUAAAACAUUUUUUUUUUGCAUAUCUGGGAAUAACUUUCAAGAUUUUAUAUAGAUCAAAUGUGAAUUAAUGAUCAGUUUCAGAAUUUACUAAUUUCAAGCUCUACUGGAGACCUAUAGGAGGAAUAAUAAACUGGUUACGAACAUAAAUAUUUUAGCAUCAUAGCAGUGGUAUAUUUUAUCUGACAUGCAAAUGGCAGAAAUGCUGUUUCAGCCAAUCAGCAUACAGGACCCAUAGUACCCAGUUUAUAAUACACUGAACAACAUUUUUACUGUGUUACAGUUCAUAUAAGGAAAUCCGUUUUGGCUAAUCUAUGGAUUUCAUAUGACUGGGAAUUAGGGCUGAACCCAUUUAGUUGACUGGUGGAUUGUUUGGUCGGUAGGCUGUUGGUCGACUGAGAUUUCUUUAGUCCAGCAGUAGCAAAAAAAUUAUAAUGGUGUACAAGACACCUGUCUGAUUGGCUCCUGUCAGAGUGGACUGAUCCAUUGUGGAGGCCACAGGGAUGGCACAGUCCAUCACUCUAAGACAUGUGAUACUGAAAUUGUAAAUGGUUAUAUUAUGGAAGAACAAUGGUGCAACAAAUUAUUUUAUAACAAAUGCGCUUUCUCCCUCGCUGGAUAGUGGUCGCUGUCCACGGUUCUUAAACACAUCAGGGCGCUGUUGAAUUGGCGCCUUUUCCUAGACCAUGUUGCUAUGUGCAUAAUAGCAAAGUUAACCAGCAUAUUGGUGUUGAGAACAAUGGAGGCAGCAGCAAAAUGAGGAGAUGAGAAAACAGCCCUUGCCUUAUUGUCUAAGAAAAGUGAGGAGAGAGGAAACCCCAACUUAAUUAGGUCUAUAAUCAAUAGCCUAACUGUUAAAUGUGCCUGGGUUUUUAAAUCAUCCAUAUAUAUCAACAUAAAUAAGACAGAUGCUGCUUCUGUUGCCUGUUUGAGUGUUUGUUUAAUAGCCUACUGAUUCCGUGAGCACCAAGCCUCACGCAACAAUUUCACAAAUCUGGCAGUUUUUAAUCUUUGCUGUGCUGUAGUAAAAGCUUUACACUUUUUUUUGUUAGAACAGCCUCACUGGUAUUAUUUAUAAUUGAUUUAGUGUUUACACUGUUCCAAAUAGUAGAAAAACUAUAUUUAUAAUAAUAACACUCCUUUUUCCUUGAUCUCCUUCUUAUUGUUGUUAUUAUUAUUAUUAUUAUUAUUAUUAUUAUAUGAUCAUCAUUAUAAUAAUAAGUAAUGUCAUUAUCAUUAGUAGUCUUAGUAUCACAGCCUUGUAAAACCAUCAUGGAGCUGUAUGCCCAAGAGUGCAUCCUGUUUAGUAUUGAUACCGUAACUUACUUAGGCCUAUAUUUCAAUACUUAUAUAGGCUACUGUAUCAAUCAAUUAUUCAUUCAUAUCAUCACACAGCAUACGAGUCAUUCAUGAUUUGAAAUGCAAUCAAGCAUUUUAGUUUUAAAAUAAAAUAACAAAGUGACCAUUGAAUAAUUAGUGUAAACAAUAAAUAGGCUUAAUUUGUUCAAUUUUCGGAAAUUACAUUCACAAAUAAAUGUGACAGUUUUUAGUCUUUACUGUAAUAAAGACUUUAGAAAAAAACUUUACAACUAGGGCUGACCCCAUUUAGUUGAUUGUUUGGUCGAUAGGCUGUUGGUUGACUGAGAUUUUUGUAAUUUUUUUAUGGUGCACAAGACACCUGUCUGAUUCUCGCCUGUCUCAGUCGACUAAUCCAUUGCGGAGGCCACGUGAAUGGCACAGUCCAUCACUCUAUUUUAUACUGAGAUUGUAAAUGGUUAUAUUAUGUAAGAAUAAUGGUGCAACACUAAUAAAUCUAAUAUUUUGCAUUCACCCUAUAGCCAGUGGGAUAACCACUUUACAAUUAUCCUAUUUUUUUUUUUUUUUUUGGGGGGGGUGGAGGGGUAGAAGGAUUACUUUAUCCUAUCCCAGGUGUUCCUUAAAGAGGUGGGGUUUCAAAUGUCUCCGGAAGGUGGUGAGUGACUCUGCUGUCCUGGCGUCGUGAGGGAGCUUGUUCCACCAUUGGGGUGCCAGAGCAGCGAACAGUUUUGACUGGGCUGAGCGGGAACUAUGCUUGCGCAGAGGAAGGGGAGCCAGCAGGCCAGAGGUGGAUGAACGCAAUGCCCUCGUUUGGGUGUAGGGACUGAUCAGAGCCUGAAGGUACGGAGGUGCCGUUCCCCUCACUGCUCCAUAGGCAAGCACCAUGGUCUUGUAACGGAUGCGAGCUUCAACUGGAAGCCAGUGGAGUGUGCGGAGGAGGGGGGUGACGUGAGAGAACUUGGGAAGGUUGAACACCAGACGGGCUGCGGCAUUCUGGAUGAGUUGUAGGGGUUUAAUGGCACAGGCAGGGAGCCCAGCCAACAGCGAGUUGCAGUAAUCCAGACGGGAGAUGACAAGUGCCUGGAUUAGGACCUGUGCCGCUUCCUGUGUAAGGCAGGGUCGUACUCUCCGAAUGUUGUAGAGCAUGAACCUGCAGGAUCGGGUCACCGCCUUGAUGUUAGCGGAGAACGACAGGGUGUUGUCCAGGGUCACGCCAAGGCUCUUCGCACUCUGGGAGGAGGACACAACGGAGUUGUCAACCGUGAUGGCGAGAUCAUGGAACGCGCAGUCCUUCCCCGGGAGGAAGAGCAGCUCCGUCUUGCCAGGGUUCAGCUUGAGGUGGUGAUCCGUCAUCCAUACUGAUAUGUCGGCCAGACAUGCAGAGAUGCGAUUCGCCACCUGGUUAUCAGAAGGGGGAAAGGAGAAGAUUAGUUGUGUAUCGUCAGCGUAGCAAUGAUAGGACAGGCCAUGUGAGGAUAUGACAGAGCCAAGUGACUUGGUGUAUAGGGAGAAAAGGAGAGGGCCUAGAACUGAGCCCUGGGGGACACCAGUGGUGAGAGCACGUGGUGCGGAGACAGCUUCUCGCCACGCCACUUGGUAGGGGUGACCGGUCAGGUAGGACGCAAUCCAGGAGUGAGCCGCGCCGGAGAUGCCCAGCUCGGAGAGGGUGGAGAGGAGGAUCUGAUGGUUCACUGUAUCAAAGGCAGCAGACGGGUCUAGAAGGACAAGAGCAGAGGACUAAAAUAACAAAUGCGCUUUCGCCCGCGUUGGAUAUGGUCACUGUCUGCCGUUCUGAAACAUAAUCUUCAGUGCGCCGUAGAAUUGGCACCUUUCCCUAUGUUGCUAUGUGCAUAAUAGCUAAAUGAACCAGUAUAUUGGGAUUGAGAACAAUGUGGCGGAGGCAGCAGCAGCAGAGACGAGGAAACAUCCCUUGCCUUAAACCCUAUUCGGAUGUGAUUUGUUUUACUGGGAGAGUCGGGUAAUGUAAUUAUGUGCACAAGCACAAAACACCACUUCUGUCAUUUUAGUCAGGUCCGAAUCUGCCGUGUCAGUUAUUUAUACAUGACAGGAGAGUAACAAUUCCAACUAGAGUAACCUACUGUUUUUUGGUGAACUUCAAGGUCCUCUGAUAAUACUAGUACUGUGCGAAUCAACAUCCCUGUGUUUUGAGAGAAAUGUCUGCGUUUGGCAGGUGUUGCUCACAGUUUGAGUAAGAAAAAACCAACUGAUUCGAUAAAUUGAAGGAAGUGCUGCGCAUAAACUAUAUAUGAAGGGCCUACAUGUAUCAACUUUCAGUGAAUGCUUUUUAAAAUAUGUUUUGUGCUUAUGAAUUGAAUAUUGCCAAAUGCAUCAGUAAAGAAUAUUGCGCUGUUAAUAGAUCGCAAAGCAGCAUACAACUGACCUAAAUGUUUGGAAAUUAUGAGUUAACUUUCUCAUCCAUAGCCUUAAAACGCAUCUCAAGUGCAAUUGCACUGUUUAGCUCACAUCUGAAGGCUGGGGGGAUAUUUAGGAGGUCUACUGGGGAUCGCUAAAAUAUCCUAAUGAUUAUGAUCACACUUCCUCAAUUCAAAUAUUAUGGUGACACUUUACCAAAGAUGGUUUAGAAACUUGGGAUCCAAGCUUGAGUUAUCAGUGUAGCCAUGUUAUCGCCUAGAAAAAAACCUCCAGGCUUCCGUCAUAACUGUCAAUUUAUUGGAAAAAAAUUAAGAAUUACAGGGGGCAGUUUGGAAAAAACGAAUCCCGUUUGAAUCGUCCUCUGGAAUAGUGGACAUUCCGAGGUAAUAAUUACAUAACCAAUGUUCUCUAGUAAUACUAGUCCCAUGUCAAUAGGGCUUAGCCUAAUUGUCUAAGAAAAUUGAGGAGAGGGCAAACCCCAACUUAAUUAGUUCUAUAAUCAAUAGCCUAACUGUUAAAUGUGCCUGGCUUUAUAAAUCAUCCAUAUAUAUCAACAUAAAUAAGACAGGUCUUGCUUCUGUUGCCUGUUCGAGUGUUUGUUUAAUAGCCUACUGAUUCCGUGAGCACCAAGCCUCACGCAACAGCAAUGUCGGAUAAAGCAAUUUCACAGAUUCUGCUGUUUUUAAUCUUUUCUAUGCUGUAAUAAAGGCUUCACAAUUUGUUUUCGUUAGAACAGACUGGUAAUACUUAUAAUGUAUUUAGUGUUGUUUACACUGUUCCAAACAGGCAGAAAAAUUAUUGUAAUCUAACAGCACCUGUUUGUCACACAUAGUAUGCACACAGCUCUCGCUCCUAUACCCUACUCUCUCUAGAUCUCCUUCUUAUUGUUAUUAUUACAGUUAUUAUUAUGAUCAUCAUUAUAAUAAUAAGUAAUGUCAUUAUCAUUAGUAGGACUUUGUAGAGUAGUCUUGUAUAACCACCAUCGAGCUGUAGGCCUAAGAGCACAUCCUGUUUAGUCUUAAUACCGUAACUUACUUAGGCCUAUAAUUUAAUAUAUAGGCUACUGUAUCAAUCAAUCAUUCAUUCGUUCAUGCACAGCAUUGAACAUUCAUGCUUUGAAAUGCAAUCAAACAUUUUAGUUUUAAAUUAAAUAACAAAAGGAGCUUUGAAGGUCCCCUGUAGCUCAGUUGGUAGAGCAUGGUGCUUGCAACGCCAGGGUUGUGGGUUCGUUUCCCACGGGGGGCCAGUAUGAAAAUGUAUGCACUCACUAACUGUAAGUCGCUCUGGAUAAGAGCGUCUGCUAAAUGACUAAAAUGUAAAAAAAUGAAUAAUUAGCCUAAACAAUAAAUAAACCGCAAUUCAGGAAUGCGUGCAACUGUUUUUAGUCUGCUGUAAUAAAGGCUUUAUAUAUAUUUUUGUUGUUGUUAGAACGGACUCUCUGAUACACUUAUUUAUUUUGUGUUGUUUACACUGUUCCAAAUGGUAAGAAAAAAUAAUAAUAUUGAAAAUCUAACAGCAACUGUUUGGCACACACUACUCACGCAGUGCUUGCUACUAUACCCUCCUUUUUCUUGAUCUCCAGUAGUUUCCACAACUAAGUCAAAUGUCUUCCACAAAUCUGACUUCCCCUUUCCCUCCUGAGCAAACCAGUAAACAUUUGCCCGUUUCUAGUUUCUUUUUCACGUCCUCCGCAUCGAUUUUGCUGUCGACAUUACUGUGUUCGGAGUUUGUUAUAACCAAUUUAUUGAUGUGAUUAUGAUAGGCUAUAGGUCAGGCCCUCUUGGUCGCAUGCAAUGCUUACAUGUUUCACGUAAAGAGAGCAAGGGUUGAGGGAAUAGGGAAUGUUUUUCCUAAACAAAUUAGGGAUAUCGGUAACAACUUUUCAUUCAGAAAUGGCUCUAAUUAUGUUGCAGGUUCAGCAACACGGACAGCCCUAUACACACUGAUGUUCUGUGGUGGUCGCUGCAGCAGGGAGGAGAGAGAGACAACGGGUGCUAGGCACACAGUCACUCGCUGUCAUUUUUCUUUUACACAGAGCAGCAAGUCUGAGCCAGGCGGCACAAUCAAAUCGGUUGCUUUCGGCUCCCUCUAGUCAUUUGUGUGUCUUAAUUAUUUAACCAAACAUUGUGCUUAAAGCAUCAGACAAGCUUAGUGCAUAUAGUUGAUUUAAUUAAAACACAGGAUGUGUAUGUAUGUAUGUAUGUGUGUAUAUAUAUAUAUAUAUAUCUAUCUAUAUCAAUAGAAAAAUGCACAUGUAAAAAAUGUCAACCAAUCGACUCCUGGUCUACCAAGAUUUUUUUGGGUCGGGGUCAGCCCUACUGAGAAUACAGAUAUGCAUCUGUUGGUCACAGAUACCUUAGAAAUAUAUAAAGUAGGGCGUGGAUCAGAAAACCAGUCAGUAUCUGGUGUGACCACAAUUUGCCUCAUGCAGGGCGCCACAUCUUCUUCGCAUAGAGUUGAUCAAGCUGUUGAUUGUGGCCUGUGGAACGUUGUCCCACUCCUCUUCAAUGGCUGUACGAAGUUGCUGGAUAUUGGCCCGAACUGGAACACGCUGUCGUACACGUCGAUCCAGAGCAUCCCAAACAUGCUCAAUGGGUGACAUGUCUGGUGAGUAUGCAAGCCGUGGAAGAACUGGGACAUUAUCAGCUUCCAGGAAUUGUGUACAGAUCCUUGCAACAUGGGGCCGUGCAUUAUCAUAUUGAAACAAGAGGUGAUGGCAGCAGAUGAAUGGCACAACAAUGGAUCUCAUCAUGGUAUUUCUGUGCAUUCAAAUUGCCAUCGGUAAAAUACAAUAGUGUUCAUUGUCCGUAGCUUAUGCUUGCCCAUACCAUAACCCCACCACCACCAUGGGGCACUCUGUUCACAACGUUGACAUCAGCAAACCGCUCGCACACACGACGCCGUAAACGCUGACAUCUGCCCAGUACUGUUGAAACUGGUAUUCAUCUGUGAAGAGCACACUUCUCCCGCGUGCCAGUGGCCGUCGAAGGUGAGCAUUUGCCCACUGAAGUCGGUGACGACGCCGAACUGCAGUCAGGUCAAGACCCUGGUGAGGACGACAAGCACGCAGAUGAGCUUCCCUGAGACGGUUUCUGAUAGUUUGUGCAGAAAUUCUUCAGUUGUGAAAAUCCACAGUUUCAUCAGCUGUCCGGGUGGCUGGUCUCAGAUGAUCCCGCAGGUGAAGAUGCCGGUUGUGUGAAAAAACGGCAUAUUUUAGAGUGGCCUUAUUGUCCCCAGCACCAGGUGCACCUGUGUAAUGAUCAUGCGGUUUAAUCAGCUUCUUGAUAUACUACACCUGUUAGGUAGAUGGAUUAUCUUGGCAAAGGAGAAAUGCUCAGUAACAGGGAUGGAAACAAAUUUGUGCACAACAUAUUUGAGAAAGAAGCUUUUUGUGCAUAUGUAACAUUUCUGGGAUCUUUUAUUUCAGCUCAUGAAACGUGGGACCAACACUUUACAUGUUGCGUUUAUAUUUUGUUCAGUGUAUGUGUUGAAUGUAUGGAGACUCCAGGACCUGGUCUAUGAUGUAUCAUUAUCUGUUGGAGGGUUAGUGUAGAGAGUCUGCCAUAAGCCUGUAUGGAGUUCAUUCAUCCUCACAGUCAUGGGAUGCGUCCCAAAUGGAACCCUAUUCCCUAUAUAGCAUACUACUUUUGACCAGGGCCCCAUAUGGUGCCAUUUGGGACGGCGCCUUGAGUAUGUCUGUUUCUGGACUCUGCCUGAGGGAGGCUGCUGCUGGGCUUUUGAUUAGCACUAGACCCACAUGGAUCAAUAUUGGACGAGAGCUGCAAUUACACAGGAAGUCUGAUCCUGACAAAAGCUCCUGAUUGCAGCAUAGAGUGAAAGGAGGAGCUCAGAGAAAAUCAAGGGUUUUGUUAUUAUUACACGCCAUUUCCUGGUUUGCCUAAUUUCAGUUUAUGUGACAAAACAAGCAAGUGUAGUGUAGAGAAUCAUUGUACCACCUAAACCGCUGUGAAAUAUAUUUUCCCUUAACAAAAAAUAUUGUAUUUUCAGCUGUUUGAAGCUGGUGUACAAUACCGAAACUUAAGAACGGGAAGCAUAGAAGUAGCGCACAUAGAACAGAUCUACCGUUUCUUAGACUUGCUUUCAAUGAGAAUGACAGCUCUAUAACAACAUUUCUAUGUGAAUUUGGUCGGGUCACCCAAAAGGUUACAUAUUGUAGCUUUCAUUUAAUAACAAAACUCUUGAGGCAUUACUCUCUUUUUCUCUCUUUCUCAACCCUCUCUUUCCUUCUCUCCUCUCUCCUUCCUCCCUUUCCCCCUCCCUCUCUCUGUAGGAUAGUGUGGUGGAUAGCCAGCUCUCAGACCUGAGAGAGGAGGACACUGUGGAGAACAUGUCACCUGUACACCAGGUUGUCAAUAGGUGCUUUCCCUACAGUUACAAGGACAAGGAGGGUCUGGAACGACUGGACAAUAUGCUGCUGAGGCUGCAGACAGGGCUGAAGGACACACACACAAGACAGGUAAGACACGCCCUCACACGGCAGGUGAGUACCAACUGGCAGGGAAUAGGCAUUUGGCUGGUUGGCUUUUUAUAAAUAGUCUGAAAUUCCAUCCUCUCCUCAUCUCCUGUCUUCACUGAUUGGAAAAGACCGGACAGGUGAAAACAAUAUGGUGGAAGCUCAUCAUUAGAUUGGCUUUCACCUCAUCAGUUCUUUCAGGUCAUUGGACUGAAGGAGGAGAGGAGAGGAUUUCUUUUUUUAGGACAUUUGAGAAAGAUAAUUUGUCAGAACAAAAAGAGGGAACUUCAAUGUUCUGGAGGACUUGCGUUAUGCAGUACAAGUGGGAGUGUGUCUGAUGGCAAUCUGUGCUCCUGUUCCUCUCUCUCUCGCUGGUUUUCUUUGGGAAAUCAUUUUCAGGAAUAAUUUUGUCAAUUGAAGUGUCUUAUGUAUUGAGCUCUUUCAUUUGGAAUAUGAAUGCCUAAAUCUGCGCUUUUGUGAGCAGCAUUACAUUUCAUUAUGCUAUAUUGCCUAUUUGCUUAUUGCUUCUCUCCAGACUCUAGGCUUGCAUAGCUUCCACUUUUAUUCAUAUCAUUACACUGAUACAGCUGGGAAUUAUUACCAACCCCACAAUCAGCACAUCUAGGUCACCUAAUAAUAUAGGCUACAUCAAUUAUUCUCUCUCGUUCAUUCUCUCUCUCUCGACACUAAUGUGUGAAGUGUCUGGUGCAAUAUCAAAAUGUCUGCCAAAUUCUCACCCGUUAUCGCUCAUGAAUGCACUCAUGCGUAAGCACAGGCACACGCAUCACACACUCCUUCCCCAUGAGAGUCAUCAGUGUUCAUGAAAUGCUGCCGGGGCCUAGCUGUCAUUUGUUUUAGAGAUAAAAACAUUUUAGUAAGAAGUAAUUGUCUCAGAUGAUAUACUGAAAGAGGCAGCGUUAUCCAGCAAUUAAUUUCACUUGACUGUUUGUCAAUGUUUCAUUUCUUCUUUCCCGACAGACCAGAAAAGCGCAGAGUGUUCUUAAAGACGUUGAGGAGUUGGAGGAGAUUGAGAGGAGAGUGGCUCUCAGGCUACAGGGCUUGGCUGAGCCCAAUACUUCAACCCCUACAUCUUUUUGCUGCAGUUACAGGCCAAGUCUCCAGGGGCCACAGCCACUUCCCAACCACCACCGGCAUCGUAGGCCAGGGUCUGUGCUCCUACAAGCCUGUGAUGGGGCAGUGCUGCCAGGAAGGGUGUCUGGGACAGGCACAGUGAGGGUCCAAGUACAGGCCUCCUCACUGAUCGUCGAGCUGCAGCAGAGAGAGGGCCUCCUGCUGGGGGAACUGGGGCAGAUGAGGCAGGCCAAGCGGGAACAGAUCCAGGAGAAGACAGCCAGCAGGCUGGAGGGGGUUGGAGCUGUCCUCAUCCCCCCUCUCCCUCUCAAAAGAUAAACACUAACAGGAUGCUACUUCAGGUGUGUGUGUGUGCAAG